CCAGUACUUAUAUACGUAUGUACAUCCUCAAGUAUUGUGAGUAAUAUACUAAAAUGCCAAUUACAGUGAAUUUUUUCUGUUUUUUGUCCUUUAAAUCGUACAAUAUGAAACCAUUUUUACGUUUCGGUAACAUUUAUCAACUAAAUCACUUGCUUGAAGAAUUGAUGAUCAAAAAAGUUCAAUGAAGUAGGAAAAAAUUAUCGUGAACUUCUGAUAAAAUGAUCACAAUAAGCAAGAAACCAGUUAAGAAUGUAUACGAAGAAGAUGAGAAGAAAACAAAAUCGAGGAAUGGUUUUUAUUUUUUGUACAUACGAACCCAUAGAAGUUUUGCAUUACUACUUACAAAGCUUUAUCGAUUCUUUCUGAAUGAACCUUCAGUCAAGAACAACAACAACAUCAACAACAAUAUCAACAACAACACAUACCAAAUAAAUGAAUCGUUCGAAAAAAUUCCAUUCUACGUUGCCAUUCUGGCUUACAUAGGAUUUUAUGUGCUCCUAUUUCUGGGCUACUUGAAUCAAUUUUUAUUCCCUCCAGUGGUAGCCAAAGAAAAGAAUCGUGAAGGUUAUCCGGCUUUAUUCGAUAAAUUUGAAACUUUUUACUGGAAUUAUGUAUUUAGACGAAUAAGAGACGGAUGGGAAAGACCCAUAUGUGGUGUGGCUGGAGCUGAAGUCAUGUUGAAAGAUCGAGUUACCCAUGACAAAGGAUGGACCUUUCAAUUUACUGGAACUGAAACGAAAUACUUGAAUUUAGGUUCCUAUAAUUACUUGGGAUUUGCUCAAGCUGAUGGUAUUUGUUCGAAACAUAGUGUAGAAACAAUUGAAAAAUAUGGCUGUGCCACUGGCAGUACUCGUAAAGAAGUAGGAACAGUUACCCUUCAUCGAGAAUUAGAAGAAUUGACAGCUCGAUUUUUAGGAGUUGAAGAUGCAAUAAUUUUUGGAAUGGGUUUCGCGACAAAUGCAUUAAACCUAGCCAGUAUAAUGUCGCCCGACUGUUUGGUUAUGAGUGAUGAGAAAAAUCACGCGUCUUUAAUUUUAGGCCUGAAAUUAUCCGGUGCCACUGUUCGAAUUUAUAAACAUAAUGAUAUGAAAAGUUUAGAAAAUAAUUUAGUCGAUGGUUUAAGAAAAGGCCAACCAGGUACCAAAAAACCGUGGAGAAAAUUGUUCAUCGUCACAGAAGGAAUUUUCAGCAUGGAGGGUUCCAUCGUAAAAUUACCACCACUUUUAGCUAUAAAACAAAAAUACAAGGCAUACGUAUAUCUCGACGAAGCUCACAGUAUCGGUGCAUUAGGAUCUCGUGGACGAGGAGUAAUCGAUUACUACGGAUGUGAUCCCAAACAAGUCGAUAUACUGAUGGGUACAUUUACAAAAUCUUUCGGAUCAGCUGGCGGAUAUAUCGCUGGUUCAAAGUCGUUGAUUGACCAUUUAAGAAUUCACGGAGAUGCUGAAUAUUAUGCUUCUUCGAUGCCACCUCCGGUCGGUCAACAAAUUUAUUCCUCUAUGAAAAUUAUUAUGGGAGAAGAUGGAACAAACGAUGGCCAAAAAAGAAUUAAACGUUUAGCCAGAAAUACGCAAUAUUUUCGUAGACGUUUACAACAAAUGGGAUGCAUUGUAUACGGCAAUGAUGACUCUCCAGUGGUCCCAAUGCUUGUAUACAUGUACUCAAAAGUAACAGCAGUAGUCAGAUUAUACGCGGACUAUAAUAUUGCCACUGUAGGUGUUGGGUUCCCUGCAACUGCGCUGAUGGAAUGUAGAAUAAGAUUUUGCCUUUCAGCUGGACAUACUCUGAAGCAACUCAGAAGAGUACUGGAUAUUACCGAAACAAUCGCCGAUGAAGUUGGAUUUCGAUAUUCGAGAAGAAUACCGUUACGUGAUAUUGGAGUAUUUGAAUCAGAUGAUGAUGAAGACGCGAGAUAAUUAUAUAUUUUCAGACAUUUGCCAGAUGAAUUCGAACAAUGUAUACGAUUUGUACCAAAGUAGUAUUUGUAAUGCACUGAUUUUAAAGAUCAAAGUUGUAAUGGAAAUAAUAGAAUGUAAUUUCAAUGUAAUACCUUCGAUAUGAAUCGUGCCCCUGAAUGUUUAAAUUUUUAGCCAGUUAUUCAUUUUUUGAGAAUGUUUAAUUAUUGACUGAUUUUUCACGUAAUAAAUGAUCGAUUUUUU